GAAGAUUACCCUGAGAACGGCGUGGUGCAGCUGCGUGGGAAAGACGUCCGUCCACGGGCGCGCACCGUCUACCAGUGGCACCAGCUGGAGCAGGGCAUGAUCGUGAUGGUGAACUACAACCCCGACGAGCCCAAGGAGCGCGGCUACUGGUACGACGCCGAGAUCCAGAGGAAGAGGGAGACGCGCACCCAGCGCGAGGUUUACGGCAAGAUCCUGCUCGGAGAUGCUGGCGAUUCUCUCAACGACUGUCGCAUCAUGUUCGUAACCGAAAUCUACAAGAUCGAGGAGCCGGGAAGUUCGGAGGGUCCAGGAGCCUCUUCUGACAGCCCUCUCAAGCGGUCGAACGGACCCGAGUGCAAGGUCUGCAAAGACGACCCGAAGAAGAACUGCCGCAUGUGCAACUGUCACGUUUGCGGCGUGAAGCAGGAUCCCGACAAACAGCUGCUGUGCGACGAAUGCGACAUGGCUUUUCACACCUACUGCCUGAACCCACCGCUCACCACCAUCCCUGAGGAUGAGGACUGGUAUUGUCCUGAAUGCCGUAACGAUGCCAGCGAGGUGGUUCUGGCUGGAGAGAAGCUGAAGGAAAGCAAGAAGAAGGCCAAGAUGGCGUCGGCGAGCUCGUCCAGUCAGAGGGACUGGGGGAAGGGUAUGGCGUGUGUCGGCCGCACUAAACAGUGCACCAUCGUUCCCUCCAACCAUCACGGCCCCGUUCCUGGAGUCCCAGUGGGAAUGCUGUGGAAAUUUAGAGUGCAGGUGAGUGAAUCCGGCGUUCACAGGCCUCACGUCGCUGGGAUUCACGGCAGAAGUAACGACGGCGCUUAUUCACUGGUUCUUGCCGGAGGCUAUGAAGACGAUGUGGACGAUGGUAACGAGUUCACCUACACGGGCUCCGGGGGUCGCGACCUCUCAGGAAACAAGAGGACGGCCGAGCAGUCCUGCGAUCAGAAGCUCACCAACAUGAACAGGGCUCUUGCUCUGAACUGCAACGCGGCGGUGAACGAGAAGGAAGGCGCCGAGGCCAAAGACUGGAAAGCUGGGAAACCCGUGAGAGUCGUGCGCAGCUCCAAAGGACGCAAACACAGCAAGUACAGUCCCGAAGACGGCAACCGAUACGACGGCAUUUACAAGGUGGUGAAGUACUGGCCGGAGAAGGGCAAGUCCGGCUUCCUCGUUUGGAGAUACUUGCUGAAACGAAACGAUGAUGAACCGGCGCCGUGGACCCGCGAAGGAAAAGAGCGCAUUAAGAAACUGGGGCUCACCAUGCAGUAUCCUGAAGGUUAUCUGGAAGCUGUGGCUGCGAAAGAAAAGGAGAAAGAGAACAAAAACGACGAAGACGUUGAUGAAACACCCACUAAAGGCAAGAGGAAGAGGAAAUCCCAGACCGUGGACGAGAAGAGCUCUCCGGCCAAAAGCACGCCUAAGAAGAUGAAAGUGGAGGCCUACAAACUGAGCAAAGAGCAGAAGGCCUUGAUCAAGGACGACGAGCUCAACAAGAAGCUGUGGGACGAAGCCAUGGAGUCUCUCAACCUCGGACCUCGCUUCAUCAACAAAGUGGAGGAGGUUUUCUUGUGCAUCUGCUGCCAAGAAGUCGUCUAUCAGCCCAUCACCACAGAAUGCCAACACAACGUCUGCAGGGAAUGCCUUCAGCGGUCUUUCAAAGCCGAGGUCUACACCUGUCCGGCUUGCCGACACGAUCUGGGCAAAAACUACGAAAUGACGGUGAACAAACCUUUCCAAGCCAUCCUCACCCAGCUCUUCCCCGGAUACAGCAGCGGCAGGUGUUGACACUGAUGCUGUCGUCACGGCGACGCGGCGCGACAGAAUUCCACAAACGAAACAUGGAUUUCAUUUUUUAAUAUAUUUAACAAAUGCAUCAGGUUGUAGGAUUGAUGGAAAGCUCCGCCUUGAUUGAACACCGCUACUUGAUUUGGCCCUGUUUGGUGAUCUGCCUCUAUCUAGCCACUCGACUUCUAUACGCUGUAGUUAUUUCUUACGAAUUGUGAUCUUCGUAUUUACGAGUAAAGUGAUAAUAGUGGUGUUUUAGCUAUAGCCACUUCAAGUGACGUAUCAUUGCCUCCUUGUACCCGACACCAGCACAAUGAACCAUAGCUAUGCACAAUUACAAUGUUCAUUAAUCAUUUUUCGCAGCAAUUUGUCAUUACGAUGAUUUGUACGAAAACGCUGGCUCUAGAAUCCCGUUAAAACGAUCCCGUUGCUUCAUAAGUGCGUUUGACAUUUUUAUUGUACCAUCGUUAGAACUAACUAAAUUUAUCGGACGCUAAUAUCCCAUCAGGUUUUUUUUGCCAUUUGAUGUUAACAAGCUUUCAUACGAAUGCUAUUUAGAAUGGUGCUGUAGCAGUAGCGUUUUUACAAUUGUUAGCGUUAACUACAUUUAAAUGAACUAUCUAUGCACUAUUACGAUGUUUAAUUUUUCACAAGCAGUAAUUUGUCAUUGCGAUGAUUUGUCCGAAAGCACUGGCUCUAGUAUCCAGUUAAAACGAUCCCAUUGCGUUAUGAUCAGUGCGUUUGAUGUUUGUACCACCGUUGAUGCUAACUAAAUGUAGAUGAACUAGCUAUGCACUAUUAUAUUAUCGUUAUGUAAUAUUACAACAACUUUUUCGCCAUUUAUGAUGUUAACAAACCUUCGUACAAAUGUUAAGAUCUGAGUGCCGUAGCAGUAACAGUUUUACUGUACCAUCGUUAGCGUUAGCUAAAUUCAAAUGAACUAGCUAUGCGCUGUUACAAUGUUGGCUAAUGGUUUUUCGCAAAGAAGUAAUUUGACAUUACGAUGCUUCGUGUGCAAGCGCUGCCUCUAGAAUCCUGUUAAAAUGAUUCAGUUGCGUUAUGAUCUGUGCAUUUGAUGUUUUUACUGUACCAUCAUUAGCGCCAACUAAAUUUAAACAAGCUAACUGUAUUGUAUACGAUUUUUGCGACACUAAUAUCCCAACAGGUUUUUCCAUCCUUUAUGUCGUUAACAAGCCUUCAUGCGAAUGUUAACAUCCAUGAGUUUAAGGUGCUGUAGCAGUAAUGUUUUUACUGUACCAUCGUUAACUAAAUUUAAAUAAACUAGCUAUGCACUAUAAAGAUGUUUGCAACGUUAAUCUUUCAGCAACUUUUUUGGCCAGCAGUUUUUCGUCAUUUAUGACGUUAACAAGCCUUCGUACAAAUGCUAUUAAAUCCGUGAAUUUAAGGUGCUGUAGCUUUACUAGCGCACAAACUUUUUACAUUUUGGUUUUAUUAAAUCUUUUAUCGUACUGUCUUUAUUGGUAACUAACUAAAUUAAAAAAUUUAUUCAUUUUAACCUAAUAGUAAUUUACGUAAAAACUCAACGUUCGUUUUUUUUUUCUCAUCCAUUUUUGAUCCGACUAAAUUAAUACGCUCUGAAAUGAAUAGAUAUUAUCCCUCUUUUUUUCCGUUUCGUUUAUUUGCUUCGCUGUUUAACUGCUGUAUGUGCUUUAGAAAUGGAGAGUCAUUUUCCCACUAACUUCUGCCGUUAUGCAAACAGUGGUCAUGCGCGUAAAACCAAUCCGCGAUCUGCAUUUCAGGUGCUGUUUUAAGUCGAUCCCGGAACCGGUUUUAAGCGCUCCUGCUCUGCCUUGACUUGUUGAAGGUUUUCGAGGUAAAUCCUUGAACCGUUUUCCGCACAAACCCCAACAGUUUCUGAUUCAGGAAGUAUUUAAUUGUAUCGUCUUUUUCGGCCGUUGACGUUUUUUGCUUGUUGUAAAAGUUAUUAUAGAAUUUGCUAAAUAAAAUGCCUAAGGCUGCAGAUAAUUACCUUUUGUUUUAUUUUAUUUUAUUUUAUCCUUAGUUAUACCUAAACUAUUUCUAAUAUUUGAGUAGACUGGAGCUGUAUAUUCUGAAAUUUGAAAUUGUAUAUUUUUAGCACUUGUAUUUAGCAAUUUUAUGUAGUGGUUGGUGCAUAGCUAU